AUGUACCAUCGACAGUUCUUUUUAUUUGUAAUUUUACUAGUUUUGCCUUUUAUAUCGUAUUCCAAAGAGGAUAAAGUUGAUAAAAGAAGGAAUGUUCUAGUUUUCAUCGGAGACGAUGCCGGCUUCGAAACUCAAGUUUACAACAACACAGUUUGCAGGACCCCGAACAUAAAUGCAUUAGCAAAACGCAGUGUGAUUUUCAGGAAUGGCUUCACCUCUGUUAGUAGCUGUUCUCCAAGUAGGUCAACGAUAUUGACAGGUAAGAAAAUUCGUUUUGCAAGGAAAGUUUUGCGGUAGCUUGAGAUACAAUUCAUAUCGAGAACAAUUUCGUGCAGGAGGUCACAUGAUCUUUGGCCCCGGCUAACGGAACGCAAACAAAAUUUAAAGAAGGGACCCUUUUUGUGCCUGGACCGCAGAAACAUGUUCAUUUUGAUAUGUUUCUGUUUUCAGUUGUCCACUAGCGAUCCUGUUGAAAAAAAAGCAUGGGCCGCAAUCAAAGCUGCAAACAAAAUGCUGAUAACAUAAUGAAUGGAAUCUGGAACUUAGCUGAUUAUACGAUAAUAAUGCAAUAUAUUUAAAUUACCUGUUGUUUAGUAAGGGUGCAUGCACAAUAUAUCUUGUAUUAGUUGUGGAAAUGCUACAGGGUGUGAAGCACUUGCAGUGAAGUUGCAUCUUUUCCAGGGAAAGAAACAAUGCCGCUAGUUGCUUUUUGUGGCUACUGCCUCCUAUAAGAGAUGUAAACUUAAUGCGCUAGUGGGUAUAAGCCAAAAUCACAAAAGGAGAGAACUCAACAUCUCACUAUCUUUUGAGCAUUGCGCGCGAUUAAAAACCAAACGUUUUUCCUCGCAGAAAUAUCUUAAUAGGUGAUAACGGCCCAUUGUGAAACUAAGAACAAUUUUUUUCUUUGAAGAGAGAGCAUUUUACCGUUUAAAUCAGCGAAUUGUACAGAUCAGACGAUGUAAUCUCUUAAGUUCUUGCCGACUACAAAAGGUAACAAAAAAUCUGGGAAUAAUUUCACAGUGGCAUCCACCGACACUUAAUUUAAAACGAAACUUAUUCCUGGGAAAAAUAUAUCAAUAGAUGUGAUCUGCACAUCAUGGAAGCUUAUAGGAAAUUUUGUUCCUUUCAAACGUUUGAAUCAGCAUGCAGCCGCUAAAUUUUAGUUAUUCAACAGAAUGAUAAAAUGUAGAACAGUGGAUCGCGGAAUAUCUGAAGACGCGGAAUGACGUAAUAUCCUAAAACGCAGAAUGCCUUUUUGUCUAAAACAAAAGUCUCAAAAAGUUGAAUCUCAUUAAAAAAGGAACAUUAUUUAUUAUCAGCAAGCAAAACAAGGAACUGAAUUACAUAUAAAAGGAAAAUUAUUUAUCAUUGGCAAGAAAAAUUAAAAGAAGCAUAAGUAAUCAUUAUUGGAGCCCAGAGGAUUGGGGAACCAUUAGGCUUUUGAGCUAGCCCUUUAAAUUACAAAAUUAUCAUUAUUAUUAGUCAAUAUUAUUAUCUGUUACUAUUUAAUUGCUAGUUGAAUGUCAAUUCAACAAUAUAUUCUUGAAUCACCUUCUUCUUGUGGAACAGGUGAUACUCAUAAAUGUGUGGGAUGCGGCAGGUUUUUUGUUUUUUUAUGUCAAACAAAUGUUCUGCCACACUACCUUCCAGUGUCAUUAUAUGACCUCUAGUUCUUUUCAAUGCUAUAAAAAUUGAGCUAUAUUAGUAGCCACACACAGUCUUUGACUGUCUACUUUUAAUUUUUCUCUAUAGCUGCUGCACAUUUCCUUGUCAAUUGCUUAUGAGAAUUUGGUGUUAGGUCAAAACAACAAAUUUUUUUCUGUUAAAUUUGAGUGGGAUAGUUUCAUUCCCUGUCUGCUAGAUAAUGCAAGGAUAUUAUUGGGAGAAGUUAGAUAUUAAUCGAUUCUGUUAGUCAGAGGUUUAAUGCUAUACAGAUCAGGAUAACCUCAGGCUGUCUGGGCUGGAAGACUUGUCCUUUACACCAGUAUGCAUAUUCUCCAUACAGUUCUUUAUACAUUUCCUCAGGUGCUGACAAGGAGAAUUAGCUCGAUGAUCCAGAGCUUCAGUAUAUGUUGAUCAUUUUUAUAAUUCUCAUUACCUUAGUGUGUGAUUCAGGGGUGAUAUUGUAAGGAGAAAUUAGAUGCUCGUCUCUCUUGAGGGUUAAAGGGUUAAGAGACACAACUUACCUUACUGUUUUGAAGAAACUAAAAAAAUUACUUCUGUUAUGGCUCUAGGUCUUCCACAGCACCAGAAUGGUAUGUACGGCCUCCAUCAUCAGUACCAUCACUUCAACUCAUUUGAUGAAGUCCAGAGCCUUCCUAUGAUAUUAAAAAAGGGAAAUGUACGGACAGGAAUCAUUGGCAAGAAACAUGUGGGACCUGAUAUGGUGAGCUAGCUGAGAUCUCUGAUGGUGUGAGGUUGUUUAGUUUCUGAGCUUCUUAUCUCUGUAAAAUUGUAAUCUGGAGAUAUUUUACUCUAUGUAAGGGUUCCCCACUCUCUAAUCUCCUCAGAUAUGUUAGUCAAUCAAGUAACAAAAUUGUUUCAAAAUGGAAACACCAUUACAAUUCAAAAUCAAAAGAGCUUAACCCUUUAACUCCCACGAGUGACCAAGACAGAAUCUCUCCUCACAACAUCAAUACAAUAUCAAGCAGUGACGAGACUACAGGAAAAUAUCAACAAGGGGAUUAUUAGUUAAUUCAUAAUCAAAUUCUCAGAACUAAUCUCAAAAGAACUGUAUGGCAGACAGUAAGGAGAAGUACUAAAUAAAUGAGAUCCUGCUCAUUUUGAGUAAUUGUUUUAUAGGUGUAUCCAUUUGAAUUUGCUUUUGAUGAAGAGAACUGCCAGCUGCUUCAAUGUGGCCGCAACAUCACCCAUAUGAAGGACCUUGCUCGAAAGUUUUUUGAAGGCUCAAAAAAUGAUUCACGACCAUUCUUUCUGUACAUGGGUUUUUUUGAUCCCCAUCGUUGUGGUGGAAGUAAGUACGGUGAGUACUGCACAUUCUAUAUUGUGAGUCUUAAGUUAAAUUUUUGAUGGUGAGAACUUGAUCUUAAACUUUUUAAAGAGAUUAGUGAUUAGGGCAUGAGAUUAUUUGGUGCAGAUCGGUACUCAAUCAUAUCGGAAGACACUCAAAGAUUUCCAAACACUUUUGUAAAAAUUUCAGAGAAAGUCUCAAAGAGUUUUGACUCAGCUUCCCUUUUAGUGCUCUUUCUUCUAACGCACAUUCCUGACUUCGAGGAAACGUACUUUGUGGUGAUCGUUGUCCAGGGCUUUGUGUUUCUCUGAGUGGUUUGGGAUUAACAUAUAUUUUUGUAGAAAAUGUGUCUGUCAAGGCAGCAAUUCAAGGACAAUUUUUCACAUUUUAUAAAAAUGCUAGUGGGUACAAUAAAUAACAUGGGCUGGUGUGAAAUCAUAGUUUUUAAUUCACUGACGCAAGAAUCAUGCCCAAGCCAUGUGAGUUGGCAUAAUUUGGGUUGAGGAUGCGACACGUUCUCUGCAUACUGCCAUGAAACUAAGAGGCAUUUUUUUGUGUCCUGUAUCUUCCUGAAAAAAAUUUGUUGUAGGGCCAUUUUGUGAGAAGUUUGGGAACGGCGAGCCUGGAAUGGGUGUCAUCCCUGACUGGAAGCCUCUCUACUACUCCCCUGAGGAGGUGGUUGUCCCAUAUUUUAUACAAGACACCCGAGCAGCAAGGGAAGAGAUUACCAAGCAGUACACCACAAUCAGCCGUCUUGAUCAGGGCAUAGGACUAAUCUUAGAGGAACUUCGCCUGGCAGGCUUUGAAGAGAACACUCUCGUCAUUUUUAGCUCAGAUAAUGGGAUUCCUUUUCCUGGUGCUAAGACGAACCUGUAUCAUCCUGGCAUGGCAGAGCCCUAUCUAGUUUCGUCCCCUUUUGCUCCUGAACGUUGGGGACAGAUAAGUGACGCUAUGGUGAGCCUCCUGGAUAUAGUGCCUACGGUGUUGGAUUGGUUUGGGAUCGAGUACCCCAGUUAUAAGAUUUUUGGGCCCAAUGAGGUGCAGCUAACAGGGAACUCUGUAUUGCCGGUGUUAAAAAAAGAACCGACAUCCGGAUGGGACACAGCUUUUGCCAGUCACAACAUGCACGAGGUGACUAUGUACUACCCGAUGCGAGUUCUUCAAAAGAAGAAUCUUAAACUUGUCCAUAACCUGGCGUAUAAGAUGCCAUAUCCCAUCGCCUUGGACAUUUUUACAUCCGACACGUUCGCGGACCUUUUAAACCGUACCCGACGCGGGGUACCUACGGGAUGGUAUCGCAGUCUAGAUCAGUAUUACUACCGGACGCAGUGGGAACUGUAUGAUUUGAACACUGAUCCUAAAGAGCUGAAAAACCUGAUCGACAAACCCUCCUAUAAGAGUGUGUUUAAAGAGCUACGCCAGGAACUUUUGAUCUGGCAGAAAAACACCGGCGAUAUUUGGAUUUGCUCACCCCAGGGAGUCCUGGUGGGGGAGAGUUGCGAGCCUAUGGACAAUGACGUUUAG